GCUUGUAGGGCCUCUUUUCUAAUCCAAGUCUUGAAGAGACGUUAUAGCAUUUUAAAAAUCCCAAACAUGGACAAUUCGGAGAAGGGCUUUCAGUCGGCGGAUGACGCUGGCCGAUACGUCUACCCUGCAGAAACCUCUCGCCAUAUUGCCACCAUCCUAGGAUUUCCAUCUAUACAAUCAAUUGCAGCGGAAUACUACCAAACUGCUUGUGAUGAGAUCGCGCACGUAGCCGCCGCAAUCUCCGCGUUCGAGCCAGUUCGUCUAUACUGCCGACCAGAAGAUACCGCCAAGGCGCAAUCUCUGGUUGACCAGGCUGUUAAAGAGACGACUGGCAAUACCUCGGCCAUAUCAAUCAUCCCGUUCCUCACAAACCAUCUUUGGGUUCGUGAUACCGGCCCAGUGUAUGUUCGCAGUACUGACGAAAGCAAUCGACAACGCCGUUUCGCAAUUAAUUUUCGAUUCAAAGAAUGGGGUAGAGGAGACAGGAUUGGCGAGGAUGAGCGCGCCGCAGACGGCCUGGAUUGGCCUGCCAUGACACCCUCGCAACACCGAGAAAACACGACCUUUGCGACGCGGGUCAUUGAUUCGGAUAGUGUCCCAUCUCGAGUGACGCGCAUUGAGUCAAAUAUUUGUCUGGAAGGUGGCGCGUUGGUUGUGGACGGUGAAGGCACCCUCAUGGCCACAGAAAGUAGUAUUCUUAACGAGAAUCGCAACCCCGGUCUCUCUCGUGCCGCGAUCGAGGCUGAACUCCAACGUUUACUGGGUGUUGAGAAGAUCAUCUGGUUCCCGGGUAGGAAGGGUCUCGACGUGACCGACGUGCACGCUGAUGCUGAGCUCAUGUUCAUCCGGCCUGGGGUAGUUGUCCUUUCCCGGCCGCACCCCAGUGCUCCGAAGGAAUGGGUUGAAGUCUACGAAGAAAUUCGAGGCAUCUUAGCACGGUCGCAUGACGCAAAGGGGCGCCCUUUUGAGGUGCAUAUCAGUAACGAGCCCAACCCUCAGGCCCUUGGUUCACUAUCGUACGAUGAACCAGCGACAAACUAUGUUAACUGUUAUUUUGUUAACGGAGGUCUGAUUGUGCCGCACUUUGGAGAUGCCGAACGGGAUCGAGAAGCAGUGGAAUUAUUCCAGAAGUUAUGCCCUGAGCGUGUGGUUCGCCCAGUCCAUGUGCCUACCCUUGCGUUGGCUGGCGGCGUCAUCCACUGCAGCACGCAGCCUGUAUUGUCCAUCGAAGGUGAAUGACAUACAUACCUGUUUGACUAAAAGAUGAUGCAGCAACUUUUUACGGAAGUCGAACCUGUUUAUGAGAACCAAAAUGAGUACCGAGGAGAGCCCUUAUUUUGAUCAAUUAUCCUUCCUCAUUCUAGAACAUAUUUGCUACCUCUUGAAUAUGACCACCCAUUACAUAGAUCGGCGCUCAUAUGAAAAUGUCCGGUGAAUAUAUGCCUUUGCUAAAUCAAGCAAAACGCUCAGUUCCUUUGUGAAACAAAGAACUGAUUCUCUAAUAUCUACGAGAAGUGCCUAGACUGGAGAUACCUAGGUGAACUAUGGCUUCGUGCUGUGGGUGUACUCGAAAUAUCGAAAUUAUUUUUCAAGAUACCUCAAGUUAAAUUUACUGAAUUGCAUACACCGGCGGGGGCUGAUGCC